AUGUUUAUCGCGAUAAUAGGCACAGCCUCGGCAGGAAAGUCUACUGUUGAGGAGUACCUUGUGGCAAAGGAAGGAUUCACACCUAUCCGGCUAUCCAAAGGAACAAAUGCAGAUGUGUGUACUCGUUCUGAUGCUCAUCAUACUCUCCCAUAUUCAAAUGCUAGAAUGAAACAGGAGCUUCCGGAAUAUGAUCAAGUAGAGGCUCGCCCCUUCGAAGCGACAACUCCCGCAGAUGCCUCUGUUUUAUCGGACAAGCAUCUUUCCUUCCUAUCACUCGAUCCUACACCUAUUCACUCCCCGGGGUCUUUUCAUUUUAAGAGCAGUCUGAAUAUGACAUUGACCUUUGACACGCCAUCGGCCAUGCUUGACUAUGUAACCCGAAAUUGGCGGACGCGAUUCGUUACAGUCGACCUCUGUACAAGAGAGCAGGUCGAACGAUUCAUCAAACGACCUUUCUUCAUGUUGCUGUGCAUCGAUGCGCCAAUAUUUGACAGGUACCGACGAUCAAACAGGAACUCUAUUAGAGCCCAUUUGCACCUCUUACCUAGCCACUCCCUGGAAGAUUUUGUGCGCACAGACGAUGAACACGUUUUUGGGCAAGGCAAACGGGAUUCAAGAGAAUCAUUGAAGGGAUUGAAUGAUCUGGUUCAUAUUAAGAUCAUCAAUGAUUUUCGGAGUGUUGCUGCCCUCCAUUCACAUUUAAAUGAUCUUAAUAUACUUCACCCGUGUCGUCUCAGGCCGGACUGGGACACGUAUUUUAUGACAUUGGCAUCUCUCGCUGCUGAGCGAUCGAACUGUAUGAAACGGAGGGUAGGCGCCAUUUUGGUUAGAGAUAACCGCAUCUUGUCCACCGGAUAUAAUGGUACUCCAAGACACCUGCUGAACUGCAAUGAAGGUGGCUGCUCGCAUUGCAACGGGACAACGAUACUCAGCGACGAUACGGAUCAUUGUAUAUGUCUUCAUGCGGAGGAAAACGCGUUACUGGAAGCUGGAAGGGAGCGAGUUGGCGUCGGAUCGGUUUUAUAUUGCAAUACGUGUCCUUGCUUGAAAUGUACAAUUAAAAUCAUACAGACCGGUGUAACAGCAGUUGUUUAUAAUUUGUCAUAUAAAGUGUCAGUCAUCUUGCAGAUCGUGUGA